CCUGUGGUGAGUUGGUCAAUCGAAUUUCAAAGCAAGCAAAAUGUUCCAAAGAUAAUCACGCCAUGGCAGAGAUACCCACCGGUCUGCAGCAAGAAGGAGACAAGGAGAACUCUUGAGGAUGAGGAGCAAGGCGUCAGAUUCCUUUUUAUUGGCAGUGGUAGCAUCCUGCCUCUUAUUUCUACUGGCAAGCGAUGCAGUGGCAUUUCAGGUUUCUCAUGGAAGGUAUCCCGUGCAGUGCUCUACCAGUAGCACUGGCAGAAUAUCCUCCACUGCUACAAUAAGGACAAGAGGAUUGUGCUCCACCCAAAGAAAUAAUGUCAGUAACGAUCCAGAAGAUAACUCGUCAUUAUCAUCCAUACUACCCCAUGAUAAUGAAUCUGGAAGGAAGCAGAGACCAAAAUUCCUUCUCUCGAUCCGUCAGUUUGUGGAUCGCUGUCUGGCAUUGGUUCUGCAAAACCACAAACUACCAUCACGUUGGCGUCGUCUCAAAUCACUGGUUCGAACCAUUGUGGAACGCUACACCAUUUACGUCUUGGAGUGUUCCGACGGCAAAUACUACGUGGGAUCUACCCGCAACAAGAAACGUCGUUUUCAAGAACAUUUUCACAAUCCGGGACGAGGCGGCGCUGUGUGGACCAAGCUCUACAGACCCAUUCGAGUUCUACAGCAAUACAAGCGAGUGCCUGCACAAUAUGCACUGGGAUUGGAAUCCAAAGUCACGGCCGAGAUUAUGCUCGAAUACGGAGUGAACAAUGUCCGGGGCGCCAUGUUUUGUUCCCCUCGCAAUUAUACCACACGAAAAAUUGAUACCCUCACCAACUUUUUGGGACAUUACAAUGAACUCAGUUAUGUCUCGGUGCGGCAGUAUCUACAAUCCGAAUUACCGGUACCCACCUAUAAUAGCACUUCUAGUCGCAAGAACAGUCCAUUGCGACGAUCGAUCCGACGGGUAUCACGGGCCGAUGAUACCUGCUUUCAGUGUGGUCAAAAGGGACACUGGGCCGUGGACUGCCCGUCAUCGACCAAAGAACAACGACUCCAGAUCAAUCGGAACAAGGGAUGGAGAAAAAUCAGCAACCACAACUUGACUAGCAGUAGCAAUAGCAGCAACAAUCAAUCCACGGCAGAACCACCAGAACCCAGUCCUGAGCUAAUGGAGGCAGCUUCCAACAAGAGACAGUACAAUAGUGGAAAGAAAAACAAAAGAAAAAUGCAAGACCCCUUCAAUGGAUGGGACAUUUCGGAAGAAGAGGAAGAUGGCAACAAGCAAGACAUUUCAAUAGAAGAGGAAGAUGACAACGAGCAAGACCCGUACAAUGGAUGGGACAUUUCGGAAGAAGAGGAAGAUGACGUUUCGGAAGAAGAGGAAGAUGGCACCGUCGUCAAUGGCAUUCGUCUACAAGGGUCCCGAGAGCCUCCAAAUGGGAGCUAA